UGGGUAAAAUCCCGCAAACUCCGGCCAUCAAUUUCGAAGCUUUCCUGCAUUUAUUGUGUGGGUAGGUCCAGGUUCAUUGUACUUAGAAGUAGGGACUAGAGACAAACCAACCAUAAAGCUGAGCAGAAAUAGAAUAUUAAUUAAGGCUUAGACUGAUCUAGUGUCAAAAAUGGCGACUUCGGAGGAUUCGUUGGUCAUCUCCAAGCUCUCUCCGGCCAAUACGUAUUCAGCGGUGGUUCUCGGCGGCACAUUUGACCGAUUGCACGACGGCCACCGCCUCUUUCUGAAGGCGGCGGCGGAGCUCGCCAGGGAUCGGGUUGUGAUCGGAAUAUGUGUCGGACCCAUGUUGGCGAAGAAACAGUUUGCUGAUAUGAUUCAACCCAUUGAGGAAAGAAAGCAUAAUGUUGAAACUUACAUCAAGUCUAUCAAGCCGGAGCUGGUAGUGCAAGUUGAGCCUAUUACAGACCCUUAUGGCCCCUCGAUAGUUGAUAAAGAUUUGGAUGCAAUUGUUGUCAGCAAGGAGACUCUAUUAGGAGGACUGUCUGUUAAUAGGAAGAGAGUUGACAGAGGCCUUUCGCAACUUAAGGUUGAAGUUGUAGAUCUCGUUUCUGAAGGAACUAGCGGAGACAAGCUUAGUUCAACAACAUUAAGGAAGCUCGAGGCAGCAGAACAAGCCAAGAAUCAACAGCUUUCUGAAAAACCUACUUCCCCAACAUUUUUUGCAGGUGGGUUUUUGCAGAUUCUUGCAAAGAUGAAUGAUUUGAUGACCAAAUCGUUCUUAAAUUAUGUGGACCUGAAGAAACAGGCCCAGAAGGACAUGGAAGCUGAACUUGACGUUGAAGCAGGCCUAGGAGGACACCUCAACCCCAAAGACCAAGAGAACCUCUCUCAGUUCUUUCAUGAAGUCUCAGCAAUCAAGGUCGAUAUGGAAGAGAUAACCCAUCUCUUGUAUGACCUUCAAAGCCUGAAUGAAGAGGCCAAAUCCACUCACAGUUCCAAGAUCCUCAGAGGGCUAAGGGACAGAAUGGAGUCUGAUAUGGUUGCGGUGCUUCGAAAGGCCCGGGUUGUUAAAGCCAGGCUUGAGUCGCUUGAUCAGUCCAAUUUGAUUAGUAGAAAAAUGGCUGUUGAUUUUAGGGAAGGGAGCACUGUGGACAGGACUAGGAUGUCUAUUACGGGUGGCUUGCGAGUCAAGUUAAGGGAUUUGAUGUGUGAUUUCCAGUCUUUGAGGGAGAAGAUUGUGUCUGAUCACAAGGAGGAUCUCAAGAGGAGGUACUACAGUGCAGUGGGGGAAAUGCCAACUGAGGAGGAGCUCGAAAAGAUGGUUUCGGGGAGUGGGAAGGUUAAAAUUUUCGAGGGGAAGAGUGAGUUGGAAAUUGGGAACAAAGUCAGGCAUGAGGCAGUGAUGGACAUUCAGAGGAGCUUGACUAAGCUGCAUCAUGUGUUUCUUGACAUGGCUGUGCUGGUUGAGGCACAAGGUGAACAGAUUGACAAUAUUGAAGAGAAUGUAGCCAUUGGGGGCAAGUAUAUCAGUGGUGGCACUAAUAGUCUGCACUAUGCUAAGCAGAUGCAGAAGAAGAAUAACAAAUGGGUGCUUUGGCUUUGUGCUGUGGUGCUGAUUAUAUUUCUGGUGUGCUUAAUUUCAAUGCUGGCUUCUUGAAUAGGAGAGGGGUUUUGAUUAUUUUAUAGGGACUAACUAGGUCUGUGAAUACAUGUUUUUGCUGAGCUUUCUCAGCUCAUAGAGUGGCUUAGCUACUGCAUUGUGGCUUAUUGGCUU